AUGGCGUAUUUACCUAGCAGAUCAACGUCUAAAAGGGACUUGUCUGUUGUCGGCGUAGUCUUCAUAACUUUCAUUUUCAUUUUGCAUAACCCAUUCGUCAACGACGUCGGGGAGAGCCGGAAGUCUACCUCUUACUCAGGCUUAAUGAACAGUAUUGGAAAUAGCACCCUGGGCUUUGAGAAGAUCCUGGUUGUUAGUCUGCCUCCACGGACAGAUCGCCGAGAUAGCAUGGUUCUCCAGUCUUCUCUCAACAAUUUAGAUAUCGAGUUCAUUGAUAGCGUUGCUGGCGACACGGUAGUGGAAAAGGCGAUCCCUAAAACAACCGAGCAUGAUCGGCUAAGUAACGGCGCCAUAGGGUGCUGGCGCGGACACAUGAACGCUAUUGCAGACGUCGUCCGCAGGAAUUUGUCUUCCGUCCUAAUUCUAGAAGACGACGUCGACUGGGACGUUAGAAUCAGAGAUCAACUGCGUGAUUUCGCUGUGUCAACUCAUGCGCUUAUACAACCGCUUAUAGGCGCGCCUCUGUCGUACGCAGACCCUACGUACAAAAACCCUACCGGUGAUGGAACAUUCAUCGAUAUCCCCUUCCACCACCUCCCAGCAACAGUCCCACCGAGAUUGUCUCCUUAUGGCGACGACUGGGACCUUCUCUGGAUCGGCCACUGCGGUAUGCCUUUCCCGUUUGAAAAUAACAAGAAUGUCCCCAGGACUCGCAUCAUCCACACAAAUGACGUUACCGUCGCGCCGAAAAAGAAUCUCUGGACGUUCAACAUCCCGUUCACGCUAAUAGAGAAAUACCCGGAGCACACGCGAGCGGUACACCACGCCCAAGAGGGCGUAUGUACACUGGGAUACGCAGUUAGCCAGAAAGGCGCGAGGAAGCUGCUGCAGGAAGUAACUCUAAAAGACGUUAGCGACGCUUACGACAUCUUGUUACGGUUCUUCUGCGAGGGCUCAAGGGGACGAAAACCGCACAACUGUAUUACAACACAACCGGCACUAUUCCACCAUUUCAGGGCAGCUGGUCUUCUCAGCUCUAUGAGCGACAUUGGGAAUCACGGGGAUGGUUUCAGAAAGACGAGCAUGAGUGAUAUGGUCAGAUGA